CACGCCGAAAAUAGAGCUAUUAACACGCCCCUGCUCUCGGUGUGUGUACGCUGCCAUUAGAGGAAGAGAAUACAUGGUUAUGUGGACACCUCUUCACCUACAGCAACAUCUGCAUUGAGCAGACAGACGAGUGUUAGGGAUAACCUACAGUGUGAGGUGUAGCAUCUAGUGCGGGACAGUAUUCUUGGAAUUUCUGGAGGCAUGUCCAAGAAAAGGGGCAGAAAGCGGAGCAGUGGGGAACUGAGUGAAACCAUAACCACGGACCCUAACUGCAUUCUGGGACAGCGCAUUCAACACAAUUGGCGAGAGAGGGGGAACCAGAGCAAAUGGAAGGGAACCGUACUUGACAGACUUAGUGUCAAUCCCUCUCUCUUCAUGGUGAAAUAUGAUGGCUUUGACUGUGUCUAUGGGAUUGAGCUGUUCAAGGAUGAUAGAGUUUCCAACCUGCAAGUGUUGACAGAAAAAGUUGUAAACAACAAAAUCAAGAUCCCCCCAGGGGUGGAGGAGCUGGUGGGCAAAGCUGUGGAGCAUCUGUUUGAAAAGGAGGAUGGAGAGAAGAAUGAAUGGAGAGGCAUGGUCCUCUCCAGAGCUCCAGUCAUGACCAACUGGUAUUAUAUCACUUAUGAAAAGGACCCUGUUCUUUAUAUGUACCAGCUAUGGGAUGACUACGCGGAUGGAGAUCUCAGGAUUUUGCCUGAAGCAGAGAACAAGCACCUGCUGCCUGCAGACAGAAAGCCAGGAGAAGAAACAGAGAGUCUGGUCGGGAAACAAGUGGAAUAUGUUACUGACAAGGGUGUGAAGAGAACCGGCCUGGUCAUCUACCAGGUCCCAGCUAAGCCCUCAGUAUACUACAUCAAAUAUGAUGAUGACUUUCAUAUUCAUGUCUAUGACUUGGUCAAAACCACCUAGAGAAACUGGAGACUUGUCAUCGCUCUCUCUAGCCUCCUUUCAUUUGCUUCUGAUCCACCUGUUAUCUGUUAUUUAAAGCCAUGGAUGAAGAGCGAAUGUGCUUUAUUGUUCAAAAGUCAGUGCAAUUUCAUUUUUUAUGCACAGCAAAACUGUAGCACUGCUAUGCUUGGCUCUUUUUGUUUCAUUUUCCCAUUGAUGGGGAAAAGUCUGAUUGUUUUAUCGUGGCUGCUUUCCUUUGUAGAUAACUUUUAAGUUUCAGUCUAAGGUUGCACUGCUAUCAGCUGUGCAGUUGUCACUGCAUUUGCUCCGUCACCACUGAUCAGUCUGUAAAGUGGUUCUCUUAAUCAAAACCAAUAACUGAAAUCCGUGCAGAACAUGUUAAGACAGAUUCUUUGGUUUUGUUGAAAUAGUUAAUACGCUCGGUAUACAGGUUUCUUUUUUAAUCGAUGCUUUCAUACACUUGCAUUAUCACUUUAUUGAAUCCCCUUUCUUGUCAAAUGCCAAUGUAUGCCUGAAUCUUUGCACCAUGUUUAGUAUUGUAACAUUCAUAGUUGUGGUAUUUGAAUUGACAAUGUACUACAUCAUGUGAUUCUUGCUUGGCUUCAGUUCUUGUGUCACCAAAGGUUGCGUUUCACAAAUGCUCCAUAUGUUUAUAUCACAAGGAACUCUAGAACAUUUGUGCUCACAAGUAAGAUGGUAUAUUUGCAUUUGAAUUUAAACGCACACUAUUCAUAAAGUGCCUUCUGGCUCAUCAUAUUGUACACAUUUCUCUUGAUGGUCUGUGCUCUUAAUGAAUCUUUGCAUAUGAGGGUAAAUAUUUAGUUUUCAUUCCCAAGUAGAAACACUGAAAGAGCCAUCAGUGUGUUAUAGUAACGCAGAAUAUCUUUUCCGGAGCUAAUCUUCAUCAUUGGUUGUAUAAUCUCAUUGUUGAUAUUGUUAGUAGCACUUUAGUGUGGGAAGUUUACAUAUUUAGGUUUAGGUACAGUAUAAUGUUUCCGCUAAAAUGCUUAUCCAUUCAAUUUAAAUGUUGCGGUAUUAUACUUUAAAAUAACACGCAUGAAGAAAAAAAAAUGCGGCACUACAUUCAGUUAACAGUAUUUAAUCUGUAAAACUUGUGUAUAUUUCUCUGUAAUGUUGCUUGUGUUUAAUCCAAUUUACAAACAUCUUGUUGUGAAAAUAUAAAUACUUAAAAUUAAAACAGAAUAUUUCAAGACCAUAAUCUUCUACCACAAACUUGUUAACCUUAAAUAUCAGUGACUCUGGUUUUUAAAAUGUCUUACUUAGACUUUUUUUUUUUUUGCAGAAUGGUUUCAUUUAAACUUUAUUGGUGUCGUAUUGAAUUGAUCUCAGCUUUUCAGACAUUUAAAGUUUGCAUAUCCUUUAACCUUUUUCCUGUUAAUUCUGCAUGCAUCACCUGAAUAGUGCCUGAAGGUCCUGAAACUUUUAUUUUGACAUAAGGAUAUGACGUGUUAGAAUCUGUUCUGUUCCUGCAUUCAAGUUAAAAAGCAAGAGCUCAACACCACUGCUAGUGGUGUUUUUUUUUUUUUUAUGUUGUAGCUUUGAGUAUUUUAAUGCUUCAGUUGCCUCACCUUGUUCUGCUAUAGCAAAACCAAAUGGCAGUUUGUGUCAUUUUUCUGAAAUAAAGAUUGUUUUUGCACAUUA